AUGUAUGAUAUAGACUUUUCUACUCCACAUUGGCUGAUAACCUAUUAUCAUGUAAUUGGAGUGAUUUCACUAAUCUUCGACUCUUUUUCAAUAUACCUAAUUUUAUUCAAAAGCAGUAAAAUCGAUAACUUCCGAUAUUUUCUGCUCAAUUUUCAGCUAGCCUGUACAUUAACUGAUAUUCAUUUGACAUUUUUCAUGCAACCCGUUCCGUUAUACCCAUUGGUUUCUGGAUAUACUUUGGGGUUCCUGUCAAUGUUCGGAGUAACUACUCAUUUUUGUAUGACAGCAUUAAUGGCAUGUUUAAUAUAUCAAAUCGAGAGUAUGGUGUUCUGUUUCGUGAGGAAACAUCAAACAAUCGCAAAAACGCUGAAAAAGUACGUAAUGCCAAGCUGGCUGGUGUGGGGAAUAUUCGCAUUUUUUACAUUUGGGAUCUGUCUGACAGUUAUACUAUUUUCACAGACUAGCAUUGAUCCGGACUUGCAGAUGGAGUAUGUUAGAGUGAAGUUCCCAGAGUACCUCUCCGGCUUCCAAAGCCUUCCUAACUUCUCCAUCUACGAAGCUGACGCAUAUUUCCUGGUCGCAUUGCUUCUCACAACGACUGGUGGAAUACUAUCGCUUCUAAUUUUAUGCAUAGUCCUAACAAAUAUUUUUCUGAUGCUCGCACUUCUGAAAACUCAAAUCUCUGCCUCAAACUAUCGAAAACAUCGAGCCGCAAUUUGGAGCCUAUUGGCUCAAUUUGCCACGUCAUCUGUCUUAUUUUUUUCGCCAAUCGUUUUCGUGUUUGUCGUGUUGAUCGGGAUCAAUGGAGCUCAAGCAAUUGUCGAGGUUCUCCUGGUCAUUGGUUGCUUGCAUUCCUGCCUAAACGUUACUGUAUUAAUUUUGACGUUCCCGCCAUACCGAAAGCAUGUAUGUUCUCUUAUCAAGCGGGAAAAGAGUUUCGCAAAAACUCGAGUGAUGGUUCUGCCUUCGAACCCUUCUGCUAUGGUGAUCUCUCAUUUAAGUUGA